CUUAAUAACAGACAGACUGGUCUAACUGGCUCUGAUCCACCUUAAAGGGUCCAGCUGCUGUCCAAAUACUUUGCUCGGGGACCUGUGGAUCACAUAGGGACCAGACACCCCCCCCCCCCCCCCCCCCCCCCACCCCAGCUCCCCCUCCCCAUGUCUGGAUCCCAGAGAUGCUGAAUCCAUUGCUUUUGGAAAUCAGCGCACAGUGAAGAAGUUUGAGAGAGACUGGAGGAAGCAGCGCAUCAGCAGAAAAAGUGUGGAGAGAGGAGAGGAGGGGGGGGAGGGUAGGGGAGGGUAGGGGGGCUCUGCUCGCUUCAAAGUCCACUCAACAUUCUCAACAAAGUGUAGCUCGGCUACAGUUUUUUCUUCCUUUAAAGGGUAACCUCUCAGGCAGCAAGAUUCCGCCCAAAAGCAGACAGCCGGACCGCGCUGCGCUCACGCGGCUGGUCGGCAGGAAGCGGCUGGUGGCGGCGGGGGUCCUGGGGGUCGUCAUGGUCCUGCUGCUGGUCAUCCUCAUCCCGGUGCUGGUCAACUCCGCGGGCACAGCGGCGCACUAUGAGAUGCUCGGCACCUGCAGGAUGGUGUGCGACCCGUACGGAACCAAGUCCCCGACCAGCACCGCCGCGGCGGACCCGGUCCGGGACAGCGGUCUCGUGCAGUCUCUGCCCACUUUUAUCCAAGGUCCGAAAGGGGAGCCGGGGCGUCCGGGAAAGGCGGGUCCGAGGGGACCUCCUGGCGAGCCGGGAUUGCCUGGUCCAGCGGGGCCACCUGGAGAGAAAGGUGAAUCGGGCAGACCGGGUUUACCGGGCCCCCCGGGACCGAGCGCAGCGGCAGGUGCGAUCAGCGCGGCCACGUACAGCACCGUGCCCAAGAUCGCGUUUUACGCAGGGCUGAAGAAGCAGCACGAGGGCUACGAGCUGCUCAAGUUCGACGACGUGGUGACCAACCUGGGGAACCACUACGACCCCACCACCGGGAAGUUCACGUGCUCCAUCCCCGGGAUCUAUUUCUUCACCUACCACGUCCUGAUGCGCGGAGGGGAUGGCACGAGCAUGUGGGCUGAUCUGUGCAAAAACAACCAGGUGCGUGCCAGUGCCAUCGCCCAGGAUGCGGACCAAAACUAUGACUAUGCCAGUAACAGCGCUGUGCUGCAUCUGGAGCCGGGAGACGAGGUCUACAUUAAACUCGACGGGGGCAAAGCGCACGGAGGCAACAACAACAAGUACAGCACCUUCUCCGGAUUCAUCAUCUACGCCGACUAGACAGCAGCACACGCUCAGCCCUCAGCAAGUACAGGCCUCAGUCUGCCCUCUACCAAUCAGACGCUCAGACUUCCUCUUUUAAACCUGUGCGGACAAACCAAUACCCCAAAAUAAACCUUUGUGACCUGCUUAGUAUUUCAUUUUUCUACAUCCUGCUAACAUCACUCUCCUAAGUUGCAAGUGACUUUGGACAAAAGCAUCAGUGAAAUGGUUAAAUGUUGGGAUCAAACCAUAUCCUCUCUUCAUACCAUUACCAUUACGUCACACUUACAGCUGAUGUCGUUGUGUUGAUGUAGUCCUGUCACCGAGUGAUUGAUUGGUAGGUAGAAGAUGGGCGUGUUUGUGCAUGUGUUUGGGGGGGGGGGGGGGGGGGGUUGCAGAGAUUCACUAAACAUCAGUAAGAUGUAGCCUACAUGUAGCCUAGUACUGUUAUUUCAGUUAUAAGUCCAGGAUGAGGUGUUUGUAGAGACAGCAUUAAGAGGAAGAGUUAUCAUCAUCACUCUUAAAUCUGAUUGGGCCACAAGCUGCCUGUCAACCAAUCGAGCUGUCUUUUUAAAAAUUAAGUGGAAAAGUAAAAAAUGUGAUAGAAAUGCAGCAGCUAGUGUUCAGCUAUAAAAACCGACUGUGGAGGACUUUGUGCAAUACUUAGUAUUAAUAAAGCAUAAGUACUUAGUAUAAUAAACUAUAUCCACAAUGAUAAUUAAUGAGAAAGCCCUCAGUCAGCGUUUGUGGUUUAUUUCUCUUUUUUGAUUUUAUGUAGAUAGCACGGUAAAGCUGGCAACACUUGAAGUGCAUUAAGAUACACUUAUUAUAAACAUAAUUACCUCUUUUAUAGAAUAGAAUCAUUGAUAAAAUCAAUAUAUAAACAAAUAACACUUUUUUUAACCUGAUUUGUUUAUAUUCUCAUGUUUUAAUUUGAAUGAUCUAAUAAUGUGAUUCCUCAUCAUUGGUUUGUAGCAGCACUUCCUUUAAAUUUUUAUUCAGAUGUUUUCAUCAAUGCAGAUAUGACAAUUUGAGCAUUCUUAACCCAUGAUGUAGGGAACUUGAUUUAUGUCAAGCAUCAGAGAGGAAGAAUGUUCGGGAAAAAUAAAUCUGGAAAACUUGAUGGGUUUUUUCUGAAGCCUGCUGGGGGGUGUUCAGGGCAACGCUUGGUGCAAGAGGAAAGUAUAGGCAGACAUGUUAAACUUCAUAUGGCGGUCGCAAGAACUGCGUCCAGAGUGAGGGUGUGUCCCAACAUCUACACUUACAUACAUAUCCACUCCAUGGAGCAGUUCUUUCCUGUCAUUGGUUCCCUGGUCUGUUGAGACUGAGGAUGUGCAGACAUGUACCGAGCAUUCCUGCCAAUGAAUUCCCACUGCUCUGAUCUCCAGGUAGGGCUUGAGCAAAGUCAGGGAAGAAGACUGCAUGCUAGGAAACAUGGACGUUAACAAUGUUGGAUUUAAAAUUCGUGGCUUUGCAAAUUUUUUGAUCAAAACUUAAUGCAAUCAACACUCGUUUGACUUUAAAGGACCUAAAAUGUGCAUUUACUGCAGGUAGUGUGUCCCAUGUUGGAAAUAUGCACAUAGUACACUUAAUCUACACCUAAUACCGCUUAACUAAUGGGUUGAUUCCACCAAAGGUGUGGGGGGGGGGGGGGGGGGGGGGGGUGCUGCUCCACUCCACUGGCCGCUUGAUGGAAUCGACUGUUUCCCAAGUAGGUGACGUAGUACCCUAUCGUGGAAUGCACCUGAUUGGAUAAACUGGAACUGGAAACAACAUGGCGGCUUUUUAAAUUUUUUUUCGGUUAUUCUGUUUUAGCGAUCCGCCAAAAUCCAUUUCUUAACAACAUUUUGUGGGAAAAUUCAUGCUGCAUGGACUCAUUUAUAUUAACAAUUUGAUCUUCCUGAUUGGACUGAUAUAGCAUAACUGGCACUGUCAACAUACAUCUUAACUAUCAUAUUCUUUUAUCGAUAGAUACAAUUUGCAUAAUAUGUUCCUUACUUAUACAUACAAAUAAUAUGGUUUAAUGUAGAGCAUCUAGAUAUCUUGGCUUUAUAUGGCUAUAUUAAUUUAUUACUUCUCUCAGCUCCUGGAUGUGUGUUUUUAUGUAAUGCUGGAUGGUUGAUCCUACUUAUUUGUUCCAACAAAACAUCUGAGCCCAACUGUGCCAUGCACAGAAUUUGCAUGAGUUUUUUAUCAAGUGUGCCCCAGUGGGCUCUGAUAAACUUCCAUGUGCUCAUGAUCUCAAUACUCAAAAUUCACAGUACACAAAUAGGCACUUGACUACUCGCCAAAGUGUGAGUAUACACACCUAACAACCACCCAUCCCACUGAACUACGCUCCACCUACUUCUAGAAACAGUCCAACGUUUUAGGAAAUCCAGCCAAGACAGUAGCUUCUUGGGCUGCAAACAAAAAGGAAAAAAAUCAGUGAUCAGCUCCUUGGCUUCGCUAGGUUUGUUAAGCGGCACCAGAUGCUCUCCUCUCGAUGUGAAGUCUCAUCGUUGUUUGUUGUUUGCCGAUGAUGGUAGUGUCGUUCCUAGUCUAUAUCGGUGAUAUUUCCUUUACGUGGUGGUUCCCGUUCCGCCGGAUGUCCCUCAGCUUUUCCUUUCUUUGUGUUGGCAUCCUAAACUCGGAUUGUUUCGCGAAACAUCCUCUGAGCUAGAACGGACAAUCAAACUAUAUUCAUCUUCUUUUGAGUGAAAUUCUCAUCCCACACUACGUACACACGUUCCACCAAAACAGGUUCCUUGACCGUGAUUGGUUUAAAGAAAUGCCAAUACGCCAGAGCACAUUUUUCUUCUAUUCAGGAAUGCUGUGAGGACUAGCCAGACCUUCUUGAGUAGCGCUGUGGGGGAAGGUCUGCAACAUGACCUGAUGCAGUUCGGACUUGUGUUUUUAGUUCAAAUCCUUAACCUGUGACCAUCAACAGUUGCACAGCUUUUAUUUAAACUCAGUUUGGACUGGCCUCUCACUUGUGUUUUUGACAGUGGGAUUCAAAUAUAAAUCAUCUUAUAAGUAUCAAAAGUAAACAAAAUACAGAUACAGAGAUACAUCUAUAAUUGCUUUGUGUUAUCACUGAGGACACAGAGCUCACGCCCUUAAUGUUAGUUAUAUUUAUAUUCUCUUUUGACUCAAUAUAUUUUUUGAAGAUAUAUGUUGGAAGAUACAGGAGGAUUAGAAGGCUGUAAUCAUCUAUUAACAUCAUACCGGUUCAAAUAAUGAUUCAAGUAUUUGUGCUAAACUAGACUAAAUAUGUCAUACAUAUACAUAUACAUAUCAUGCAUUCACAUACCACUGUGGCUAAAACAGUGUGUUUCCCAAAAUGUCACACACCCACACGCCAUAUUCCACAUUUGUGAACUCCUGUUCACUAAAUUAUGUUAAUAUGUAAGCUGCGUUAUCUCAGUGCUUCCUGAGAUUCUCUGCUGAGUUAUUAAAAGCGAAAUAUGUCAAAAGGUUGUUGGUCAUUGAGAGUAGUGGUUGGCAUCUCACUCCCAGAGGCUGCCAGAGCAGCAGACUGCAUGUGAACAUAUUCUCUUUUUGUAAUCUUGUUACAGUAAUUCCCAUAUAUGAUAUGAUAGGGUUGGAACUGGCUAGAAAUGUAGAAACCACAUUUAGGAGUUUCUUCACACAACAAAUAAAGUGUUUUACCAGUUCCAACCACGCAGCCACCGCCAUGGCUGAGUGGCUCCAGUGUGUCGGUAGCCAUGUCGAAGAUGUUUAUGUCAGCUGUUUUCUUGAUUGGCUUGUGUUUCUUCCUACUUCCGCCUGACCAAAUUUGCAAUGUGACCUGAAAGCACCUUGCAGAAGUAGAGAAUAACAAUGUAUCAAUGUACAGUGUCAUGUAUCUUAAAGAUAGAAACUGUGGUUCACUGGAAUUAUAUGUAAAUACUGUAGUGAUACAAACUGUUCAUAUUUUAUCUGCAUAUCCCAUGUACAGAAUGCAAGAAGAGAGGGAAUGAUUUUACAUAUUUUAUUAAUCAAACAAUCAAUAAUUCAGUAAUCACUGAUUGUCUUGAAGUUAUAGCCUCAACAGUGUAUUGGUGUGAAAGGCAUAUGUAUGGUAUAUACAGUGUCAGGUGUGUGCAAUAUUAUAAAAUCUUUACUCUUCUUCUCUCUUACAGCAGUCACCGGUGUACUGUUACCUCAACAAUGUCUCCAUUAAAUGGACAGAAGUAACUCUG